UAGCCGUUGGCUGGCCACUUCAACUACAUCAAUCCAAAUGACCCUUUCUCCUUAAAUCUCCCAUAGCAUCUAAGAACCUUCCACAACGCUCCAAAACAAGCAAGCCAUAGCCAGCAUACUUAAAGUCAAAGACCGUAGAUAGCCAAACUCCCAUAUAGAUUCUCCUCUAUAUAGCCCCAAGAGUUUCCUAUAGGCUCGCUAGAAGCUUUCACACACAUAUUCUUAGAAGAAAGCUCGUUAUGGACUGCAUAAUUUUGCCAGUUGCAAUAUUGAGAAAGUGUUAUUCGGGCUCACGACUUGGCUACCGGCAGCUGACGGAUGAUGUCUUUGGCAAGUCUGAUGAGCCGGUGACCGUCGUGGUUGGGAAGGAGAAGAGGGAAUUUUUGGUUGAGCCUUUUGUAUUAGAAGAAAGCCCUUUCAGGGUUCUGAUUGAUAUGGUGAAGAAGGAAAAUAUGGGAGGAGUGGUGUACAUGAAGGGAGCUAAAAGAGUGAUAUUUGUGGAUGUUGAUGCAAUUUUGUUUGAGCAUAUGUUGUGGCUGAUGCAAAAUGAUUGUUCUUCCUUCUUUCAACUUAACCUCAAAGAGAUUAUUGACUUCUAUGCUCAAGAGAAUUAAUCAGGGGUUCACUAUACAAGCUAGUCAUGAAGGGGGAAGAUUGGCCUAUAUAUUAAGACUGAUGUUUUAGAUGUGAUGUCCAUGGCAUUGGCUUGAUCACAGGGGGCCUGCAAAGGAGCAAGGGAAAGCUGUCUAAUUCUGAAAAUUUGUGUUUCCAUCCGGCAACUUUCUUUAACCAUUAGUGUUUGUAUAUAAUUUCAGUCUCACACAUGAGCUUCAACCAAAAGUAAAGAAGAAAAGUGAAAGUUCUCAUAUAUGUACUUGAUGUUGGUGGCGGAUAAUUAAUUGUUGCUCUUUCUGUUUGAGGGAAGAUAA